CACCCUUACCGGGAACAAAGCUAUUGUUGUACACGCUCGUUUGUAAUCAAAUAUAUUCAAGCGUGUAUAUUAGCUUCCCCUUUAGUUACGUACUAACGAGGAUGGGAACCAAUGUUUGUGUAGUUGCUAAUCGGUCAUGUUUAGCAGAUACACAUGACCAGGCAGAAACAGCAUCACCAUUUUCAUCCACUGAAUGAUCUCUGGCCCUCGGGAUGGCUGCAGCCGAAACGAGCAAUUCUCAGAAGGCAACCGUGGACUUGUACGGUGACCCGAAUCCAAACGAUGAGGAUUUGGACACAAUUGAUGAUGCAAAUGAUCUCUUCGAUGAUGCUGUGCUUUCCAGCUCAGUUGAGCACAGAAAACCCAGUUUGAAUUCGGAACCUGACGAGAAAACAGGUACCAAAGCAGAGGAUAACGUAGCGACAGUAAAAGAAGAUGAAAAGGACAAAAACAAGUCACGCAAAUUCUCAUUAUUUAUAGGGAACUUCUCUUGGUGGAUAUCUGACACGGACCUUCUGCGCAUUACCCAGAGAUUAGGAGUGGAUGAUAUUGAUGAAAUAAAAUUUGCAGAGAACAAAGCAAAUGGUCAAUCGAGAGGCUAUGCAAAGGUGGUUGUGACUUCUGAACAUUCAUUAAAAACCUUAUUGGAGAAAAUUCCCCAAUGUACUAUAGAUGGGGAACACAUCGACUGCCGUUUUGCCACCCAGCAGAACGUCAGUGUGUUUGAGGAUGUCGCCAAUAAACGCUUCCCAAUGCGCAACUAUUCCAAGGACACGGAUUCAAAUUCGACUUCGUCAUCGCCAUGGGAUUCCAACCCUCCCAGCAUACCCACUCCCUUUCCACCACAUCCACUUGGAAAUGUAUUUCCCUCACAUUCCAAACCUUUCCUUGGCCAGCCACCCCCUUCCUUCCCACCUGUGCCACCCCACAUCCCUCCGCAUCUGUUUCCCCCUCCACCUUUUAGUAUGCCAAGCCAGCCGCCUCCAAGUCUGCAUAUAAAUCCAGCUUACUUUACCCCAGCACAAGACAGACAGACAAGUCAUAAUUUUACUCAACAAAAGGGGGAGAGAGAGUAUGAAGAAUUGUUCAACAGAAAUAGAGCUGUGGCUAGCAGUGCCAUUACAAAGGCUGUGACAGGGGCAACAGCUGGAGACCUGAGAGUUGCUAUGGAAACACUGUUAACAGCCAUUGCCAUCAUCAAGCAGUCCAGCGUGUAUGCGGAUGAGCGCUGCAAAGCCCUUGUUACCUCCCUCAAAGACUGCCUUGUGUCCAUCCAGGGAAAUGGUGGCUACAGGAGUAGCAGUCAUUCUGGAGAUCGGGACAGAGAUCGGGAGCGGGAAAGAGAGCGCUACAGAGAGGAUUCGCCCCGUUGGGAAAGUGCCGGGACAUCGAGAAGGCAUAGGGAACGCUCUCGGAGUAGAGACAGGGGCAGGGAGCGUUCACGGGAAAAGCACAGAGAUUACAGAGAGCGCUAUCGUUGACUUUGUAAGGUUGUACCAGACAUUUUUGUGAACCACUAUCACCACGGGACCGCAUUCAAAACCACAUUUACUGACUGGUACACUCACUUGUACAUUUACUGUGUGGUCUAAUGAUUUAGCCACCAGAACAAUUUCGUAUUACUUUAAUAUAUCUCGAGCUCACUUGAGAUCCCUGAUUGAGACAUUAAAAGCCACCAAGGAUUAGUUUUGUACAGUCCAAUCUGAAAGUAUUUUGCCCCCUUCUGUUUUUGUUUCACCUGUAUGCGUAAUUCAUUUUUGUUUUACCUAAACAAGAAAACGGUCAACAUGAAAAACACAAAAUUGAGACAUUUUCUUUUUCAACUUUAAAUGUAAAUUAUAUUUUUUGCUUAAACUUAAAAUUUAACUUUGGUCCAUCUAUCUCCUGUUAAUCUUGAAAUGUUUUCACUUUUUUAAAACAAUUGGGCAUGAGUCACCUGUUUGUUUAAAGCAUCAGAGUUGAAAAAUGAACCAUAAACCUCAAGGUCAAAGAAACUAAAUAAAUUUUGCCUUAGUCCUGUAUCAAAGUUCCUCAGUUCUAUACCAUAUAUUUGGGUCUUUGAAACGUUAAGGUCUACACCCUAAGCGUGCCUUUGAGAAUCAUAUUUAAUGGGAGACUGAAGAACCUUAGUUAAGUUCACUUUAUAUUUGAAAUAAAAUGUAAAAUUUUUGAGGAGUUGGAAUGUAUUGAGCUUACUGCUGAAACAAAUUUGAAGGGUGUGGAGUACUUCACUUGUUCAUUUUAAGUGUAACCCCCCUUCUUUAGAUCAUGAUUAUUUCCUUUUAGACUGAAGUUGACAUGUGCAAAGGAGCCAUUUGUACACAACCUUGUAAAAAGACAAAAAAUGUAUCUCCAGACAUCAGUAACUGUUUCAUUCUGCUGUUUAGUGGGACUUCAAAUUGUUUCAAGGAAAUACUGUUUGUGUGCGCGUCUUAUAGUCAUUAAAUUAGAAUCCUUGCAUGUGCGAGAUGCAUCCAAAUGUAUUUAACACAGUGUCACUGUUGUCUUUUGUAAUAUAAAACAAUCUCCAAAAUAUCUAAA